GGCGUGUAGGGCCCUUCGGGUGGCAGUGGCGGGGUACGGAGGCGCGCGCUACGGGACCGGCUUGGCGAGGGCCGGGUGCUGCGAGGAGCUGAUGAGCGCAGGAGCCCUCCGCCCUCCCCGGCCAGCCGCUCCUCCCCUGGGUGGGUCCCCGAGCCUUUUCUGGCGGGGUCUAUUUGCAUAGAAGGAACUGCCCGUAGCGGCCGCUGCUUCUGAGCGGGCGGCUAGGGGGGCGUGCGUGAUCCGCGGCCGCCCGGACGCCGAGCCCCGCAGCCGCCGACCUGGAGCCGCCCCGGGCCGCAGCGCCGACGCAGAGCCGGCCGGUCGCCAUGGGCGCGGGCGAGCGCGCGGCGGGCGGGGGAGGCGCGCAGGACCCCGGCGCGGGCUGUGGGGCGCGGGCGCUGGGCGCGCUAUGCCUGCUGCUGUCGGUGGGCUCUGCGGUUGCCUGUCUCCUGCUGGGCGCCCAGGCGGUCGCUCUACGUGGCCGAGUGGCGGCGCUGGAGCAGGAGCGCGAGCUGUUGCGGCGUGCGGGACCGUCCGGAGCCCUGGCCGCCUGGGCCGAAACGCACCUGGAGCGCCUGCUACGGGAGAAGUUGGAUGGAGUCGGCAAGCUCAGGACAGUCCGAGAAGUCCCCGCUGAGUGCAUCUGUCCUCCUGGUCCCCCUGGACGGCGUGGCAAGCCUGGACGAAGAGGCGACCCUGGUCCUCCGGGGCAAUCAGGACGAGAUGGCUACCCGGGACCUCUAGGUCUGGAUGGCAAGCCAGGACUUCCAGGCCCCAAGGGGGAAAAGGGUAUACCAGGAGACUUCGGCCCACGGGGAGCCCAAGGGCAGGAUGGAGCUGCAGGACCACCCGGGCCUCCUGGACCACCUGGGGCCCGGGGCCCUCCUGGUGACACUGGAAAAGAUGGCCCCCGAGGAGUGCAAGGCCCAGAGGGUCCCAGAGGAGAGCCUGGACAAGAUGGCGGGAUGGGCCCCAAGGGACCUCCAGGACCCAAGGGAGAACCUGGCACUCCUGGAAAGAAGGGGGAUGAUGGGAUGCCCAGCCAGCCAGGACUCCCUGGACCCCCAGGGCCCAAGGGUGAGCCAGGAGAUGUGGGGCCCCGAGGAGAGAAUGGCAUGAACGGCAUCCCGGGCCUGAAGGGGGAACCCGGUCACCCAGGCAUGGAUGGAGCCACAGGACCCCGGGGUCCCCCAGGCCUCAAGGGAGAACAAGGUGACACGGUGGUAAUCGACUAUGACGGCAGGAUCUUAGAUGCCCUGAAGGGUCCUCCUGGACCACAGGGAGCUCCGGGGCCACCAGGGAUUCCUGGAGCCAAGGGUGAACUUGGAUUGCCUGGUGCUCCAGGAAUCGAUGGAGAGAAGGGUCCCAAAGGACCAAAAGGAGACCCAGGAGAACCUGGACCGGCUGGGCCCAAAGGGGAAACCGGAGAGAUGGGCCUGUCAGGUCUUCCGGGUGCCGAUGGUCCCAAGGGAGAAAAGGGAGAGUCAGCACCUGACCACCUACAGGAGAGCCUGGCCCAGAUCAUAGUGGAGCCAGGACCCCCUGGUCCUCCUGGUCCCCCCGGCCCUAUGGGCCUUCAGGGGAUCCAGGGUCCCAAGGGCUUGGAUGGAGCCAAGGGAGAAAAAGGUGAAUCGGGUGAGAGAGGCCCUCACGGCCUGCCUGGACCAGUUGGCCCACCAGGCCUUAUUGGCUUGCCAGGAACCAAAGGAGAGAAGGGCCGACCCGGAGAGCCUGGACUCGAUGGUUUCCCUGGACCCAGGGGAGAGAAGGGUGACCGAAGUGAACGUGGAGAGAAGGGGGAGCGAGGAGUUCCUGGCCGGAAAGGAGUGAAGGGCCAGAAGGGAGAACCAGGCCCACCGGGCCUUGACCAGCCAUGCCCUGUGGGCCCCGACGGGUUGCCUGUGCCUGGUUGCUGGCAUAAGUGAUCCUCAGAUAUCGCUCCUGACCUGUACAGAUCCGUUUGGAUGUUUUGAGCUCGUGUAAAAACAAAACAGUAAUAUAUUGAACUUCUUCAUGGGAUGUGCCAACUGUGGCCUUGUAAGAUUUGCGAGUGUGCCAACCAGCCCCUGGACGAUCUGCACAGGAAGCCAGCGGGAACGGAGACAGGCCGCCCUGGGGAAACUUGUGUUUGGACACCCGCUCUCCCCGGCAGGUCCUGGCUUUCCGAGGGAAGAUGACGAGGGUGAAAACGCCUGGCUCAGGUGAGGCUGGACAGACUCCAGGUGGACUUACAAUCACCUGAUUAGCAGAGACUUACAACAACCGUUCCCUGAAGCCCACUGCCCAGCUUCUCACUGUCCAACACCCCCCUUGGACAACUGCUGUACCCUCCUGCCUCUGGACUGUGCCGUAGGCAGCUGCACUGGGACCCUCUGUUCAAUGGGGCAGGCAAAGACUCCUAGAGUCCAGCACUUGGGGAUGGAAAGAAGCUGAAGAGGGCCUUGCUCCACCCGAGCUCAGGCUCCCAGAAGCCACCCUGACACAGGAGCCUGUAUCCUCGGACCUUGGGAGAUGGCAAGGCUCUGUGGAUACCUCAGUGAGCUGUCAGCUUCAGGCAGCCCAGUGAACCCUGACUGUAGGGUGAAAAGACCCACACGCACUAGUUACUACUUUCCAGUCUCCUUACCGCCUCACCCAGAGCAGGAACAGGAAGAAGCUUUGUCAGCCCUGAGGAGACAGGCCUCCUGUUCAGAACUUGUAUCUCACUGGCCCCAAGUCUCCCACCUCGACCUCUGGUCAGCCUGACAGGAACAGGCCUCCUAGUAAAUGGUACAGACACCAUGAACCUGAAGUCUGGUGCACCGGCAAGCCUGAGAAAAACUCCUGUGACUGAAACCCCCAGCCCUCUCUAGGGUGGCUUGAACACCUCUAACAAAGGUUCCUAGAUCCUGCUCCAUCUACGAUUUCAAAUCUCUCCAUGAGGCACCAUGAGUGUGUCCUGUGUGCCUGCCCCUUACAGACUUCACUGGUCACCUCUGGCUGAGUUUCAUUCUGAUGGUUCUUGGCUAAAGAGCAAAGGGGCUCUCCCUGGGGCCGGGGGAGGGCAUGUCAGAGUCUUCCUCCAAACCAGGGGAUAUAUUUGGGGUUAGGAGAUAGGAUACAGGCUCAAGACCUGGACCUACACACGUCAGCAGAAUCCUGGGACCAGUCUCAUCCUGUCACUGCGUGUCUCUCUGUAUUCCCUUCUGUUAUGCUCAGCAAGGACACCCCAAAUUUUUUGCCUCAAAAUGUCCAGUCUGACAGUUCUAAGAAUUCAGGGGUUUGCCUGAAUAGGUCUCAUGUAGAUUCUCUUUCAUCUGUCUGUCAGCUAGGAUCUGAUAGUCAUAAUACCUACCUACCUGUGACUUCUCUGCUUGAACUGGGCUUCCUCACAGCAUGGCUGCAGGGUUCCUAGAGAGCUAUGCCACCUCUUAUGACCAAGCCUUCAAAGUCACAUGCUGCCACUUCCUGCCAGAGCCAGGGGUUCGCCCCAGUUGAAGUAGAAGACAACCCCACCUCUCUCUCUCUCUCUCUCUCUCUCUCUCUCUCUCUCUCUCUCUCUCUCAGUUUUUUUUUUCAAGACAGGGUUUCUCUGUGUAGCCCUGCCUGUCCUGGAACUCACUCUGUAAACCAGGUUGGCCUUGAACUCAGAAAUCCGCCUGCCUCUGCCUCCCAAGUGCUGGGGUCAAAGGCGUAUGCCACUACCGCCCAGCUAUCCCCACCUCUCAAUGAGGAAAAUAUCGUCAUGUUUAAAUGAGAAAAUAUGGGAGAGUAGAUUUUGUUGUAGCCUUCAAAAAUAAAAUAACGCCAGGGAGUGGUGGUGCAUUCCUCUAAUCCCAGCACUCUGGGAGGCAGAGGCAGGCAGAUUUCUGAGUUUGAGGUCAACCUGGUCUACAGAGUUCCUGGACAGACAGGGCUAUACAGAGAAACCCUGUCUCCAAAAAACCAAAUCCAAAAACCAAAAAAUUAAUUAAUCAAUUAAUUAAUUAAAAUAAAAUAAAACCGGCCUUCUUGUAGCCCAGGCUAACACUGAACUCACUAUGUAGCUCAGGAUGACCUUAAUGUUCUGACCUUCCUGUCUCUACUCCUAAGUGCUGGAACUGCAAUUGUGCACCACUGUACUGACUUAUACAGUGCUGGGAUUCGGAUCUAAGGCUUUAUGCCUGUUAGGCAAGCACUUAACCCAAAAUGCUACAAUCGUAGCCCUUGUUACAGCAUCUUAAAUAAUGCCUCCUGCCACUCAUCUGUAGCAUGAGACAAAUGCUCAAAAUUCAGAUGUGGCUCAGUAAGAUUCAGCUCUGUGGGAUAUGCACAGAAAGCCUAGGACAAGUCAGAUACCCCGAAGUACCUGUAGUGGCUGUCCUCUCUCUAUCUGCUCCAAGAGCGAGUAGUGACAACAUUCCCACAGAGUGGACCUAUGUCCCCCCUACUGUCCUUACAGCAACCUGAAGAAAGAUGCCCAACAAGGGUGCCCAUUUUCAUAGAUGAUAAAACCAAGCUCUUUUUCUGUGUGUAGGAAAAAAAAAAAAAAACAGGAGUGGCACUAACAGUGUCCCUGUCCCCCUUCCUCCAAGAGCAGAGGUCCAAGGAGGACCACACUCCCCAGACCUACACAUGCAGUCUUUGCUAAGCAGAGGCCCAGCCACACAGGUGAAAUCAAGUCCCUACCUCUGUCCCCCCCAAGGAGCUGGCAAAAAAACAGCACACCAUGUUCUCUGCCACACUGGCUCAACUAGGAAACCAGAAACAAAAGGAAAAAAAAAAAAAAAAGACAGAUGUAGUGGCCCAAGAUGACUAAGGUGGCUCGCUGGUGUCAGUGCCUGCUUUGGAGAUGCAACAUAGCCUCCCAAGCCCACCACAUUCUACAGCCAGCAAAGCACUCCUCCUUCAUCCUAAGAACAACAUCAUUUGAUUCCCUGUCAGUCCUGUGAAGAAAGGGGCUGCAUGGGUAGGUGUUACCAUGUCCGUUUUACAGAAAGGAAAUCUGAGGCUCGCAGUGGGUAGUCAUCUGCUCAGGGAUACACAGCCAGGCUAGAGUGGCAGGCUUGGGACUCAACCCAUGCUCUUGGAGAUCCCCUAAUUUUUCUUCGGAAUUGUUUGGCAACGCAUGGAAUCUGCUAGGCAGACCCCUGACAAUGGGUGGACCGCAAGUAGAGUUUUCUAGAGGAUGAAACCCCAAAUUCUCCCUUUUACCUCUCAGGCUGGCUGCCACCAUGGGCCAUUCUUGACCCGUUACUGCCCUCGUGUGGACUAAUACCUUGUAUCCUUGCAAAUGGACAGGCAGAGCCAUUGAGUGUCCUAUAUCAGCCUGAAGUGAAGACAGAGAGUUGUUCAAGGUCCAAAGUGAGACACCGGGGAGUGUCCUGCUUCACCAAUGAGCCUCAAGGACCGAGAGGCCUUGGUUCUCCCUACCAAGAAAUCCAGUUCUCUGUAAGUCAUAUAAUUCUGACAGGGAGGAGUCUUGUUUAUUGAGUCCUUGAUUAUUCUGUGUUCCACAGCCGCUAAAGAAACCACCAGGAUGACUGUCCCAGUGGACAGAUGGCUCCGAGGCUUGAGAGAAGCCACCUUACUAGAUUCCCUGUCCUUAAAGGAGGCUUUUAGUUGUCACAAGAUUGGGGGACACACCUGGCAUUCAGCAGACAGUCACGGUUAGCAUACACCUGAAAUCCAGGACACUGGACGUGUCCUGUGGUAACACUCUUUGGGAAUGCCAACUAAGAAAACCCUGCUCUGGAUUCAAGGGCUGAGAAUGGGGUGUGUUUGCUUGCUUGUUGAGAAAAAGUCUCAACACAUAGCCUAGGCUAGCUCCAAAGCUGCAGUUCUGCCUCAGCUUCCCAAAUGCUGGGAUUACAGGCUUGCACCACGGUGCCCCCGGCCCCACUACAUCCAAGUCUUACUCAGUCCCCUCCCCCUCUCAGCCUCUGUCCUCUUGGACUCCAGUAUUGUCUUGAUGGGCAGAUGCCAGAAAAUGGAGGGAGGAUGGGGCCAGGGGGGAAGGACAGGCCUUUUCUGAGCAGGAAGAUGGACUCUUAGGUAGGUUUAUGGUUAAAAACAUGAAACUCUGCUCAGUUUGGGAAGAUGGAAGGGCUCUGUGGCUGGGUGUUGGUGACAGGGUGCAACACUAAGAAUGUACUAAUGCCACUGAAUUGUAUCCUUCAAAAUGGCUUGUUUUUAUGUAUAUUUUACCACAAUAAAAACAAACA